AUGAAUAUAUCUGAGAUUCGCGUUUUUAGAGAACCCUCUCUUUUAGAAGUAAGCAAAUUCAUUACUUAUAUUAUUACUAUCUUGUUACUUAUCUUAUUGGUAAUUGCGAAAAUUGUUGUUUUCCCAUUCUAUUCAAAUGUCAAGAAGAUUCACGAAAAAACAGAUAAACAGAUUCCAAUGUAUCCAAUCAUGAAUCUCCUUUACAAAAUGAGCAAAAAUACUUACUGCACAUUUUUGGCCAUUGUAACAUCGUUAUUUUUAUCUGUAUCACAUACAUCUAUGAUUUGAAUGCCUUCUUGAAUCUAUCAACUUUGAUACUUUGCAUUUGCUUGUUCUAUUUAUAUAUUUUCGAUCAAGUAUUCCAUCUAAUCAUUUUAUUAUUAGCCAUUCAAAGGUUCUUUUUAUUUUAUUUCCCGUCUUCUGAACGAUCAUCCAUAAAAUUUCAAAAAUUAUUCAUCAAAUAUAUCAAUUACGUCUAUACAGUGUUUGUCUCAAAAGAAAUUCUAACGAUUGGUCUGUACGCUGUGAACUGGUUUAUCGAUGUUUCGGUUGAGAAGAUGUCCAUGAAACUGUUUUAUUUGUCAACAUUUAUAUUUCUCAAUUGUAUGCUAAUUGUAACAUCUUGUUUGUAUAUUCCAAUUAUGAUCAGCGUUCGGAAGUUUUCUUAUCUACCAUGUGCGCUGAAAAAUAGUCCAGAAAAGUAUAUUUUAUUGCAGACAAAAGUUACAUUGCUGAUGAAAUCCACUUACAUUUUUAUUUUAUUAUUUCAAUUUUUACAUGAUUUGGAUGUAGGAUACGCUUUAUUUUUCAUGGUAGUCCUUGAUAUGAUAGCCAUUCCAUUAAUAAACUCAAUAUCAUAUAUUGUUUGCAACAAGCGGAACGUGAAAGCAUUCUAUUCUUCGUUGAAGCCGAAAACCAUCGUGAAAGUGUUACUAUUUUUGAAUACUGACGCAAAAAUUAUUCCUCAGAUCGGAGAAAUUAAUGUUUCCACAAUUGCAUAACC